CGGGGGGGUGUGCAGCUCUCGCUAGCGCUGCUUGUGGUCACAGCCAGGCAAGCUCACAUCCCAUCUGGAUCACGCUCGCUCUCUCCCUUCUGCUUUCCUACCAUAGAGUUGCGCUGGAAACAGAAGAUAGAGGGAGUGUAGGAGCUCGCCAUCUCCAAGCGAUCUACAUUGGGAAAAACAUGGAGUCCGCUCCGGCAGCCCCCGAUCCAGCAGCCAGUGAGCCGGGCAGCAGCGUCUCCGAGGCGGCCGCCGGCGCCAGGGACACCCCGGUGAACCUGGAGCCGGCCCGGAAAAGCGAUGCGCCGGCUCCCGUCCGCAGGCAGAGCUACUCCAGCAGCGGCAGCAGCAGAGGUAUUUCUGUAACGAAGAAGACUCAUACAUCUCAAAUUGAAAUUAUUCCAUGCAAGAUCUGUGGAGACAAAUCAUCAGGAAUCCAUUAUGGUGUCAUUACAUGUGAAGGCUGCAAGGGCUUUUUCAGAAGGAGUCAGCAAAGCAAUGCUACGUACUCCUGUCCUCGUCAGAAGAACUGUCUGAUUGACCGAACCAGUAGAAACCGCUGCCAACACUGUCGAUUACAGAAAUGCCUUGCUGUGGGGAUGUCUCGAGAUGCUGUAAAGUUUGGUCGAAUGUCAAAAAAGCAGAGGGACAGCCUGUAUGCGGAGGUGCAGAAACAUCGAAUGCAGCAGCAGCAGCGAGAUCAUCAGCAGCAACCAGGAGAGGCAGAACCACUAACACCAACAUACAAUAUCACCACCAAUGGGUUAACAGAGCUACAUGAUGACCUCAGUAAUUACAUUGAUGGGCAUACCCCUGAAGGUAGCAAAGCAGACUCUGCAGUUAGCAGCUUCUACUUAGACAUACAGCCUUCUCCAGAUCAGUCGGGUCUUGAUAUUAAUGGAAUCAAACCAGAACCAAUAUGUGACUACACACCAGCAUCGGGCUUCUUCCCUUAUUGUUCUUUUACAAAUGGGGAGACCUCUCCAACUGUGUCCAUGGCAGAAUUAGAACAUCUUGCACAGAAUAUUUCCAAGUCACACAUGGAAACUUGCCAGUACUUGAGAGAGGAGUUACAGCAGAUAACAUGGCAGACUUUUCUGCAGGAAGAGAUUGAGAACUACCAGAACAAGCAAAGGGAGGUAAUGUGGCAGUUAUGCGCAGUCAAAAUAACAGAAGCUAUACAGUAUGUAGUGGAAUUUGCCAAACGCAUUGAUGGCUUUAUGGAACUGUGUCAAAACGAUCAAAUUGUGCUUUUAAAAGCAGGGUCUUUAGAGGUUGUGUUCAUCAGAAUGUGCCGUGCCUUUGACUCCCAGAACAACACAGUCUACUUUGAUGGCAAGUAUGCUAGCCCAGAGGUUUUCAAGUCCUUAGGUUGUGAAGACUUCAUUAGUUUUGUGUUUGAAUUUGGAAAAAGUUUAUGUUCUAUGCACCUGACGGAAGAUGAGAUAGCUUUGUUUUCUGCAUUUGUUUUAAUGUCAGCAGAUCGCUCAUGGCUUCAGGAGAAAGUAAAAAUUGAAAAACUCCAACAGAAGAUCCAGCUAGCACUUCAGCAUGUCCUACAGAAGAACCACCGAGAAGAUGGAAUUCUAACAAAGUUAAUAUGCAAAGUGUCUACUUUAAGAGCACUGUGUGGACGACAUACAGAAAAGCUUAUGGCAUUUAAAGCAAUAUACCCAGACAUUGUACGACUUCAUUUUCCUCCACUUUACAAGGAGUUAUUCACUUCAGAAUUUGAGCCAGCGAUGCAAAUUGAUGGGUAAACGUAUCACCUAAGCACUUCUAGAAUGUCCGAAGUACAAACAUUAAAACAAAAGAAAGGAAAAAAAAAAAAAAAGAAAAAAAAAGAAAGAAAACCAAGACACUUUAUAUGGCCCUGCACAGACCUAGGGAGCCAACACACUGCACAUCUCUUAGCGGUCGGGGUCAGGCGAAGGAUGGGAAACAAUGAAACAAAGUUGAACUUGUUUUUCUCAUGCAUAUGAUUUCCAUUAUGCCUACAAAUAUGGACCCUUUUUCUGUCUCAACUUCUCAAUCCUUGACCUCUGUUUACACAGACUGAGGGUACUAAUGUCAGAAGGUUGUUUUCUCUUGUAGUUCACUGCCCAGACUUUUGACAGAACAAUCAAUUUGUUGAUCAGAACAGAGAGUCCACCUAGUAAUCAGCGACUGGUGUGCAUUGCAGAGAUUUCAGCAUCAGUUUGCACAACUUGCUCAUUGUUUCAUGAAGGACGAUUUUUUUCACCUACCACUGUUUGCCAGUAGACAGAACGGCAUGAAAAGGGUCCAUAGCAAUAGCAACAAUAGCAUUAUAAUAUAUUACAGGGUAAAUGGGCAUGAAGACUAUAUAUAGCAAAAGAGAUAUUGUUUAUAUAUUGUUUUAAUUAAUAUAAAAUGUAGUUACUGGUAUAGCUUUUCUUGUUGAAUUGAUAAGGCACUUUCAUUUUGCACCUUUUUCUUUAAAUUAAAUGCUAGCGUGUUCAUUGUGUUGCAUGUGCACCAGAAAUUCAAGUUUAACUGAAAAAGGUUUGGCAGGUACUGGUACAUUGGGAGGUAUUUAUGCUGCUGUUUUCCAUGUUACUUUUAAAGAGAGGCUGGUCAUAUCCUGAAAUGGUUACAGAUUUUUUAAAAGAGUUGAAAAUAAUGACAAUUUUCUAAAUUAAAAUCAGCUUUUCAGCUGUUAAAUUCAAAGGUACUUUUAUUUUCAAAUCUUUCAAACCUGGAUGUUUAAAAUCACAUGCCUAAAUUCAAAUUUAGGUGCACAAGUCAACAGCCUCAUUUUCAAAGGUGCUGAGUUUCUGUGGUCAAAGUUAAACUAAGGAAUUACAGAUCAUUUACAAAUGAGUAACACAGCAUCCUUGAAAAUCAGGCUAUUAAAUAAAGUGUAUUUCUGCCCACCGUAAAUCCAGGUUCGAAGGUAUUUACUCAAGUCUGUAUCUACAGUAAAAGUAUGUGUGUAUGACAUGUAUGUGGAAAAGUAAUUUUUAUACAUAAUAUUACAUACUUUUGUACUCCAUAUCGUAAACAAUGCCUUCAAACUCCAGCCUAUCAAAAUCCAUAGGAGGUUUGUCUUUGACUUCAGUGAGAUGAGACACUGGCCCAUGUUCUUCCAGCAUCCAGCAGUUCUAUUUCUGGUAGCUGAACAGAGAAGUCCAUUGCUCUCCUUAUUUAAAAAGAUGCACUUUAAAGUUUAUCAGAUGAGGACAGACUAACAAAGUAAAGGCACACUGUUGCUAGGAAAAAAUGUUUUGUACUCUGUAUAAUGCCUGGAAAUCAUUACUAUCAUAAAUCUGCAUUCUGUAAUUCUGAAAUCGUGAUUCCUGUAUUGCAUAACCAACCAAUAAGCUGAAUCUUGCAGUCUUUAUUAUUAUUAAUUACCAUGCCCUUUUGGAAGAAUACCGUCUCUGAGCAAAUUUGGCAAGUAAACCUAGUUCUGAGGGAAGCAGAUUCACAAUAAACAACAUCACAAAAUAAACUGUGGCUCUUUGAGCCAGAGGUGCAUAAUUGGUUUGGAUGAGAUGAAGAUGUAUAAUUGGAUGCCUUGUAGGCCUACGCAAGUGAAGUUUCUGAUGAAGUACAUAAGAAAAAGCCAGGAACUUUAAAAAAGAAAAAAGAAUGAGACAGUAUGUGCUCCACUGCUAUGACUUCCAAGGAUGAACAAUCUCUUACAUGUAUUACAGUUGUUGAGAAGUAACAGAAGUGAAUAGAAGCACACAAGCCUCACUGUUUUAAAAAGGAGAGUUAGGUCAGUGAGUUAUUAUAAGCAAAAUAGAGGUUUAUUCUAUGAUUUGAAGAUGCUUCCUUUGGGGUCAAAUUGAGACAUUUAGCUACGACACCUAUUAAAAAUUUUAUAGUCUGCCACAUCAGGGGAGCUUACAGCUAUCGCUUGUCUCUGUGGUUUGGAAGGAGGGGGAGAUGAGCGUCAUAUGUUUCCCCUUCAAAGCAGUAUGCGUCCUGAGUGUGGGAGGGCAACACCUGCACCUCUGUGAGCACUGGGAUGGAAGCAUGAGAGGGCUUUUGGAAAAAGUCCAUAGAGCUGUCCUUUUACUGCUCCAUCCUGCCUGUUCCCAAAGAGGUGGCUCACGGCCCAGCACAUGCUCUCUCCAGUCCCACCGAAACACUUUUCCUAGAAUCAUUGUUUACUUUAUUGGAGUAACUGGCAUGAUAUGGUACUUUCAUUCUAAUGUGUGUUCCUAUUGUUAAAGCAACCCUUUUAACUAACAAAUGUUUUCUGAAUGUGACCAGCCUUAGGUGCUAGUCCUGUAAAGAUCAACUAAACUUAAUUUCAGUGUCUACUAAUGAAUAAUGAAGUAAGACCUGUACUUUAGAGAGCAAGAUACAAUUCCUACUUCUGACAGUAAGUAGACUACCAGGCAAAAUAUUUGGGGAUUAAUUUUCAGUCACUUCCUUUUCUUACCUUUUCCUGAUGAAUACUAGUACUUUACCAGGCAUCUAGGUGCCAAUCGUUUUGUUUGGUAUCUAGUUCAGCCUAUUUACACCCAUAAGUCAUUGACAACACAGAUUUUUGGAGCAUUUACUAGUAAAAUACAUAACCGUAAAAAGGUUCCAGAUAGGGCCUUAGCUGAAAGCCCUUUGCAUCUUCAAACAGCUUGUGACAUGAUCUUCCAGGCCAGAAAGUGCUGUCAUUUUUGUCCAUGGGAGCUCCUGCAUACUGUCACCUUGUUAAAUCAGGCUGUGCAUACAUACCCCAAGUAACUCUGCUUUCCUGAUGGCAGUUAACAGCCACUUGGCAAUAGAAUAUUAUUUUUGUUUUGCUCUUCAUAGAGAGGGGGAAAAAGGGAUACAGCAUGGCAGAUGUACUGAUAAGACUUCUCUUGCCAAGGAGGCUUUUAUGAAAGAGGACGUAGAAUAACAUCAGAGUGACUGGUCAGAGUGACGGCCAUGUAAGAACCCAAUGCAGCAGAGGAAAAGCACUCUGCAGAACCUCUGGGACUGUGGCCUGGUAUCAGAUGAUCAACCAAAUAUUCAGUUAAAAAACAUAUUUGGGGUCAAUGGAUAUUCACGUGAGUAUUUUCAUAAUCUGCCCAGUUCACUACAAACAAAAACCUGAGGGUAGCUGAAGAGAAAGGAAUAGUAUGUUGGUUUUGAAUGAUCUGUUCCUUAAAGCCUGCAAAGAGAUUUUCAUUGGGUCUUUCUAGGAAAGAGAUACUAUACUGUCAUUUGAACCACCCUGAUUUACUUAACAUCUCCAGCAUUGUUUGAUGUUUUAAAAACUAUGGGAUUAGGUGAAAAGGGAGGCUGUUUUUAAGUUUGGUUGUUCUUUAUUAAAGCUUAUCUAUCUUAGUAUGGAUACCAAGAUAUCUGUGUGUGUAUGUGCACCUGUGUGUGUGUGAGAGAGUACACUUGUGUGCGCACAUGAAUAUAUGCGUGGGUACGUGUGAGUGGCUGCUUCUAGGCUGUUAAGUGUCAAUGGAAUAAAGAAAAUGUAUUCAAUUAAGUCAAAAAUAGAAGGUGGAAAAAAGAUUUAUUCUAUACAAAGCCUUGUCUGGACCACUUUAGAGAGACUUCUAUUUUUUUAACCCUUCUAUAAAUGUUUGAUGGCACUUGAAAUAUUCCUGCAAUAAAAUGUGAUUUGUGUAAACAUUAAAAAAAAAAAAGAUUUUGUAAUGUGAAACAAUGAAAGAAAGUAAUGUAAUUUUUCUAAAAAACAAAAAAAAAAACAAAUGAACGAACUUUGUAUUAUUUUCUUGAUGGAAUUUGUCUAUUUGUCUUUGGAAAACUUUUUAUUUCAUUGAAUGUGCCAUAGUAGAGGUGUGUUUUUCUUUUUCUUUCUUUUUUUUGUUUUUUACAUUUUAGAUUAAAGGAAUAGCUGUGUUCCGACAUUCCAAAAUGCAAGAUGACAUAGCAGUCAUGAUUAAAAGGUUUGAUUAGUAAGCUUCAAUCAUCGUUGCUUUUUUUGCACAUGUUCUUCAUUCCUCUACAGUGCAAUAUGUACAUAGAGCACUUGCGGGUGUAACCUUGAUCCCUCAGGGAAAAAUACAUAUUUGUACAGGAUUUUUCUUUUUUUUUUUUGCCUUUUUUUUUCCUUUUAUUUUUUUUGGUUGGAUAUUUUUUUUUUUUGUUUUGGGUUUUUUUUGCUAAGGAAUGUCGAUUGAAUCACUUGUCUGUUGUUGAGGGGCAGCCAGAUAAUAAUCCUAAACCACUGUCACAAAACAUUGUUUAAAUUUUGUGCCCUUUUAUUAUUUAAAAAGGAAAAAUAAAAGUUAUUUUCUGACAGUUCUUUGUGCUGAUUGGUGAAAAAAAGGGUAAAUAGACAAGCACCUUAUGAUUGACUUAACUGUGAAUGACAAUCCAUCUCGUUAUCAACAACAGAAGCCCUAUCAUUUUGGAGCUGGGGUUAAGAGUCAGAAACUAAUGUGCUCAGGGAUCUUCUAAAACUCUUCAACAGGGUGGCCAGUACUGCUGGUGGAACAAAUUACUUUUUAAAAAAUAUGCUAGUAUUUCUUCCCUUCCCCCCUCCCCCCAGGCACAAGAGAACUGGAUAUUUUUUUUAACUGAAUGCUCUAUGCGUGCCUCAUUCUCUUACUCAGUUUUGCCGUAUAGCCGCUCUUUGGUCUUUGUUUUGUUCAAAACAGAAGUACUCGAAACAGCGCAAAGGUUUUGCAAUUACAUUUUAGAAAAUAGAUUAAUGCUGACCCAUUAAAUAAAUGAUUGAAAUGAAUUUCAAUACCCUCUGGACAUUUUUAUAAUGAUAGGACUACUCUUCCAGCUGAAUUUCAGUGUUUUGCCAUAGAAAAUGGGUUUUCAGGAUUGAAAUUAUUGUCAGAGAAAACAAAUCAGUUUAUGAUAGUACAAUAAGAAUGAAAAGGUAAUCAUUAGGUUUCAGCAAUGGUGUCACAUAGAAAGGAACAUAGAUCUGCAGGAAUACAAGAACAAUACUUCAGAUGUUGUCUGUCAUUGUUGCAUAUGCUUCAUAGUAAAGCAAAAAACCUGACUGGAAAGAAACACUGAGGCUGAAGACAUUUUCAUAUCUAGUAGAUCAAAUACAGCAAUUCCAAGCGAUUACAAUGGCACCAAAAUCCAGCAAUGUCUAGGAAGUCUCCAAGUGCCAAACUGUAGGAUUCUGGAAGCGUGUCCCAAUUAGCCUUCUUUUAUGGCUUCACAUUCCUUUGAAAAUGCAGGUAGAAGAGUUAAUAAGCAACUACAAACAAAAUGAGCAAGAUUUCACGACUUUGGUUAGAUUGGGAAGAGAGUGAAUUUCUCCAUCAAACAUGUCUGUCUUCUUACAAAAAGCAUCAGUUCUCCAGUAUCUUAAGUUAUUGAGGUUUUUUUCACUGGGUAUAUGGCUUCCAGUUGUUUACUUUAGGUUGCUUAAUAAAUAGGGAAAACUUUAUUAUGGUAUUGCAAGCUGACGGUCGCAUUUAGCUUGGAAUGGCCUUCCAAGGCAGACAGCUGCUUAGCAAGUAUGACCUCUUGAUCAGUUUGUGUUCUGGCAUCUUCAGUAGAAGAAAACUCCUAUUGCUGAUUCACAAUAGAACCUAUUCUUCACACACUUGUGUAUCAAUUAAACAUACUGUUGAUACAUAAAAUCUAUAAGAUGUUUUAACUAUGUAGUGGGGUGAUCCAAACGUUAAAAUAUCUUUUUUUUGGAUUGGCAUAGACAUUCCCCAGUCUGUACUUGAUGAACAAAACAGGUUGCACAGUACAAGCUGUGCAAACAAUGUGUAUUUUUUUUUUCCUCUACACAUUCCUAAACUCCCCAAUGUAGAUAAACUUAUAAAUGUCAGAAACAGCAUUUACUAUCCAAUAUCUAAAAAUAAUAAGCAAUUUUCUCUUGAGUACUCAGUAUAUAAAAUUCUACCUGUGCUAGCUGAUUCAGCUUGCACAGAAGAAACAUCUUUAUUUUCCUUAGCUGGAGAAAUAUAACUAUUACAAUUAUUUUUUAAUUAUUAAUACUAAUAUUUAUUAUUUUUAAAAGUUUCAUCCAUGAAUAUAUUUGAAUAUUAGCCUCCUAUUCUCUUAAAUAUUCCUGUCAGUAAAUCAUUUGGUGGAAAUGAGGGCAAAUGCAUACAGAUACCAAAUACAACAACAAAAAGAAAAGUUUUAAAAUUUAAAUGAGUAUUUAUUUAAAAAUCAUUGCAGUAUGUGCUUUAAUCCUAGUACUGUGAUAAUAGCUUGCUAAAUAAUGCUAAGUCACUGGACUUGAGGGGAAAAAUACGUAAAAUUUAGGAUAAUAUACAGUCUAUCUUUGGAACUUUAUUCAGGUACUAAAUAGAAUUUUAACAUCAAAAUAAAAGCUGUAUUCUACCUUUUUCAUAUGUAAUGUUGCUGUUUAUCUUUUUUUUUUUUGCCUUUAUCAUUGGUAGAAUAUAGCAAUAACUUUAUAGCAAUAAGUAGGCUAUCCAAAUAAGAAACAAAACAUGAUAAAGGCUUCAGAUCAAUACUCAUAGGUUCAUUUCUUCUGCCACAAUAUUCACUUGUAUGUCUUCCCUCAUAAUCUCAUUACUUCUUCAAGCUGAACUUCACAAUCAAGUUGUUCAACUUGAUGUGUGACAUCACACCUUUUUGUUAACAUCUGCAUGUUUUUGGUGUUCAUAUGUCCUUUGUAUACUCGUUUUCCUGUAAGUCAGUGUUUCUCAAGCUUUCUGAAAGCACAAUCCCUCUGGGCUGUAUUUCUUCAUAGGGCCCUCUGUUGGAAUUAACUUUUUCUAGGGCAGGGAGUGCGAACCAGUUGUAAUGACUGGCGGCAUUUCCUAACUGCAGGAACUGAGGUGCUGCUAGUACUUGGUAACUCCAUGGCUGCUGCAAAUGCUUGCAGCCAACAGCCAGCUCUUCUAGCUCCUCCACACUGGGGGGCUGAGCUGCAUCCAGUAAGUGGGACAAGUUCCCUGGCCAGCGCACUCCUCUGCAGCCAGCACAACCACACGCUCUGCGCUGGAGAACCGAGCUGCUACACUUCAUACAGAACCGAGCUACGUUUGCCUGACAUCGUGUUUUGAUAAUAAUCUUAACACUUUGGCAGCUUUCAAAUGGUUGUGACUUUCAGUUUGAGAAACACUACCCUAAAUUACCCCACAAAGUCUUAAUGUAGAUGCACAAACUUUACAGGAACUUGCAAUCUGUAAUGCUAUCUAUAUCUAAUGCAGAGAAUUCAUAAGCAAUACAGUGAAUUUUAUUUCACAAAAAGGCAUACGUACUGUACACCUUUCUAAAUCCAAAAUGUUCCUCAUUUCUACAUUGAUUUAGAAACAAGUUACAGAACAGUGGUGAAUAUUUAAACUAUUAGGACAUUAACUGGCUGCUUCUUUAUAUGUAACUGUAUUGUCUGCCUGCUCCUUUUCUGGAGAUGUGUUUUUGUAUUGGAUGUUUGGGCCAAUGGGAGGCUUCAAGCUACAAUGUAUUUUCCCAGAUUAAAUAUAUUUAACAUAUGACAAACCCCAGACAAGGCUUUUUAAAAUGUAUAAAGAACUGCAGUGUUAGGUGGUUUAUUUGCAAACUGUUUUCAAUGUUGUCCAUUUUUAUGGCACCUUUAACAAUAUUCUUGUUUCCAAAGUACAAAAAAAAGGUUAAAAAUACUCUAGCCAUAACUGAAUGUCAAGCAAUAAAAACAAAUGACUUUUUGUGCAUAGAUUUAAAAGAAAUACAAGUUUUAGACAUCUGCAUGUAAAUGCAAUCUCUUGUUUACUGCUUUCUUAAACUUGAGCAACUGAUUCCUUAUUUUACUACUAAUUUAAGGACUUGUAAUGGCCUGUAAACAUUUUAUCUUGCUCUAUUCUUUCAACUCUAACUUUGUCUCUGCUUUGGAGUCAUAAUAUUUAAUGUUGUUCUGCUCACCUCUAUACAGUUAACUUUUUGCUUUCAUUCUGUAUAGAUAAAGUUAUACUAUAAACAGCCUACACAGUGCAAAUAUUUAUCUGUUUAUCAAAUACCACAUUAUGCUGUAUAAUAUCUGUUUUACUAUAUAAUCUAUUUUAGACAUAGCUGUUUAGAACUAGAGUGUGCUAUUUUUGUGUUUUUCUGAUGUGUGGUGCUAGAUAAGUUACUUUUGUGAACAAAAGCAAACAAACCCCUUUUAUUCCUAGACAAUACCACCUUUGGGUCUUGUUAAUUUCACUGAGUAUAACUAUAUAUAAAUAUAUAUAUAUUUGUGUAUAUAUAUAUAUACACCAACUUAUGCCCAACAAGUACCUGUAUCAGAGUACAAGAUUUGGGACAUGGUUUUCUCUUUAAAUGCAUAGUGUCAUUAUAUAAAUUAUUCUAUAGUAUAUUUAAUAAGGAGAAAAUUACUUCACCGGUACAGAUACUUGAUAUCAAAUGUAGAAUUUUUUUCUACAUUAUUAACAUUAUUAACGUUAUUAACAAUGUUCUGUCCAGCUUGUUAUCCUUUUGGUUACUAAAACAGUCUGCCUGUAUUGUAUCAGAAAAAAGAAAAACAUCUAAUCUGCCAGUAUAAAGUAAUUACAAUAUGCUGUCUGUCUGAAAGGGAGGUAGUUAUUUGGCUUGUUGGGAGAGUUCUAUCCUGUCGUUGCAUCUGAUAUUUAUAGAUGUUAUUCUGCUGGGUGCCUUCCUCCCUCUUCACUUUAAAUAGGAUCUGUACACACUCAAACUGCGGAUGUUACUAGGCCAUGCCUACACACUUAACUCCAGUUACUGUAAAUAGGAAUUUUCUGUAAAUCUUCCGUGAUAGAUGGAUGGCUAAAUUCAGUCCUUGGAUAUGCUUUAUAAAUCAUGCAUACAUAUCCAAGGACAGCCAUUAGCAACUAAAGUUAAUUAAGAAGUGGAAUUUGCAAUGUUUUGUCAGGUCUGGGGGUUUUGUUUUUAUUUUUCAUGUAUACCUUAAUUUACGUAGUCAUGUACCCUUAAAAGUAUUCCUAUCCCCUGUUCCUUUCAUUCUAGAUACUGUUUUCAUGUUAAUUCUUAAAAACUGAUGGAUAUCAAAUAUCUAACUAAGGAGGUAAUUAACCUUUUAAAUAUUUAUUAGAAUUUUUCUGUAAUAUUACUGAAUUUAUAAGAUCUUUAGCAAAGAUUUUUGAGCAAUUUAUUAAAUACAAUGUUUCUGUUUACUGCACUUUUUGAUAAUAGAAGGUAGUGAAUUUUAAAGCCAUGGUUCUUGGCUUCCAUGCACUGCUUUUAUACCCUCAAUCCAAGGAAUAUAUAUAUAUAAAUAAUUUUUUUUAAACAACAAACAUACUGUUGUCCUAAAAAUAAAUACAAACUUUACUGCACCGUGGAUAUAUUUUCAUAAGUGGAAUGUUUAACUGCAAACACUAUCAGGACAAUUAUAAAAACCUCUUGAAGCUACAAUCUUAUUUAAAUAUAAGCCAUGACAAUUUUAUUUUCCCUUGUUGAUUUAAGUCACCUUUUGAUAUUUUCAAAGAGAAAAGGACUCGCUCUUAAAUUUGUAUGUACCAACCUAUACAUAAUGCCAGGAACACGUGCUCCCUAUUGUUUUAAUAGUUUGAUAUAUUUAUGCAAACCAUUUGGUUAACAUAUAUUCUCCCUGUUUACUAAAUGUUCAACGUAACAAGACCAGAAUAAAUGCUGAUUAUGAAUAUACAUCAGUUUGAAGAUUAAGCACAUAGACUUCAAAAACCUCGUUGAGUGAUAUGCUCAAAUUUCUGUAAAUACACACAAGUUUAAAUGCAAUUAUACUGUACAUGUAAAUAUAUGCUGUCUGUUAUGUGUACAGUAUGUAUAAAUUCCUUUUCUAGCCACAAUAAAAUGUAAGCCAUCAAGAGGAAUACUAAAGUGGUAUUGUACUAAACCUUUGCUAAUGAUCUUUACCCAAUCACUUAACUUUUCACUUUCAUGGACCUUUCCAACUCACUCCUACGAUAGCCUGCUUAUAUUCAAGUUUGUUAUUUUACUCAGUCCCGAAAAAAGUAUUUUGAUUCAUUUUGUAAAUAUGACUGUAAAAAUAAGAGAUUUAAUGUUGUCUUUUAAAUACUCCAAUUUUCAUUCUAAUAUGAAUGUUGUUAUAUUGUACUUAGAAACUGUACCUUUAAUAUUACAUUACCUUUAUUAAGUGCAUUGAACACAUCGAUUUUAGAUGUGCUUUAUGUACUGUUAUCCUGUAAUAAAACUUCAGCUUCUAAUGGAAAAA